AUGUCUGAUGUGGACGAAGCUUUCGCUCCGCGCCGCGGCCGCGACGCCCAGCGACGCAGUCGCAGAGCCGUAUUGCUGCAGAAGGAACGCAGCUUGGCUGCCUAUGAUGACGGCUUUGAACCUCCGAUGUCCCCGAACACCCCUCCGGCCCUCCUCGUUGAUUACGGCAACGUGGAGCACCACACUACUUGGAAUUACAUCCACUUCAUGAGCAACAACCUCACCAGUAAUCACGAGGUCACCAAUGACUCUGGCCAUUCGGCAGCUGACGGACACCACGGCAACAGCUCCACCGGUUACAGCUACAACAAUGGCGAAUACAACAGUGCUCCCACCACUGAAGAUGGUCCCAGAAACUCUUUCAAGCCCAUCAACGCCCAAGUUGCAGGCACUGGCAACGCAAGUCUUAGCAGUGGUAGUAGCAGUUCCGGCGGCGGCGGCGGUGGUGGCAGUAGCAAUGCCAAUGCCAAUGCCAGCAUCAACCCCAUCAGCAGCUACCCUACCAACAGCUUCAAGCCCAUCAACGGAAACGUGGCGGACAGUGGUAACAGCAAUGGCACUACCAUAAACGUUCCCAAGCUCAAGUCCAUCAAAGGAAACGUGGCCGGCAAUGGCAGUGGCAAUGGCAGUGCCAGUUAUACCUUCACUGCCUACCCCAAGCCAAAGGAAUUCCACGCCUUUGAGCCUUUGAACGCCCGAGGUCUUCUUGCUUCCGCCAUUCGACUCUCUCGCAAAGACCACUAG